UUUAUUUAAUUUCUCUUAAGUUCAUUAAUCAUGAAAGGGUUUACUUUACUCGUUGCUAUUUCAGCAGUUUCUUAUGCAAGUGCAUUAGAAGACCAAAUAAAAGAUGUUAAUGUUAUUGAUUCAGGUCUCUUCAGUCCAUUUGAAUCUGGAGCUGGAAUUAUUACGGCAAUAGUGAAUGAUUACGUAGAUAAACUUUUGCCAAACAUUGCAAAAUUUGCAAUAAAACAUGAAUUGGAUCCGGCGCCGUUAGGGAAUAUAGUCCAAAACUUUCUUGUGGCAAAAAUAAAUCUUAGCGAUGGACAAUUGCACGGAAUUUCAGGCAUCGAAAGAAACGGAGAUGUUAUGGUUAGCUAUAGUAACAUAAACGACAAUCGAUUGUCGCUGCAACUACCGUUGAAAUUUUCAAACCUUAGUUUUACGUAUAAUUAUGAUAUCCAAGUUUUAAUACCUCACAUCAUCGGUGAGUUAGAGGGGGUAAUUGAAAAUUUUAAAUUCUACCUUGAACUUGAAUUUGAUUUCAAAAAUUUCAAAGCCAGCAUAGCCGAAUUAAAAACCACGGAUAGUGGGCAUAUUUCUUUUAUAACUCAUGGCAAUAUCACCGAUUUUAUAUUUAAUAUUCUGUCGCAAUUUGUCACCACAAUUUUGCAUCCUCUAAUCCAAGGAAUUAUCGAAGGAAUAAUCAAAGGUGUCGCUAAUAAUAUUGUUAACGACGUUAAUGAGAUAAUACAGACGAUACUAAACGGCUCGACCGAAAUUCAGAAUAAUAUUCCGGAAUAUUAUCCUCUAAUAUUGAAUAAAUUUUAUUAG